CGAGAGUGUACGUACGUACGUACGGACGCGUGUGAACGAUGACAGUUCGCUCGUUCCGGAAACGUGUGCGCGCGUGAGCCGAGCAGAGAAUCCGUCCGUCGAACAUAUGAGCGCAGCUCGCGGGGGGCGCGCGUUGAGGUGAGAACGUCGUCCGGGCUCCGGGAAGUGCGCGAUCGUCCGUCGUCUUCCGCGCUCCGUCCUCGCGGCCGCGACCUCGGCCCUCGACCCUUCCGCGGCCCGAUCGCGCGCGUGCGGUUCGCGGAAAUGACAAAGUGCGCUCCGCUCGCGCGUCAGCAGCAGUGAGAAAGACCCGUCGUCUCGCGAGCCGAGUCCCGAAUCAUCACGAGCGGAAGGAAGAAGCGGCAACAUGAGUUCCGUGUGGAAACGCCUGCAGCGGGUGAACAAGCGAGCUGCCAAGUUUCAGUUCACCGUCUCUUACCACGAGGUCACGCUCGAGACGACGACCAAGUGGAAACCAAAUAAACUGAGUGUUGUUUGGACAAGACGCAGUCGAAGAGUUAGUUCAGAACCUUUAGAUUGGGAGCCAUGUUUGAGCGAUCCCUUGAAGGGUAUUAUUAGCUGGGCAGUCCCUGACAAUCAUACAGUUUCCGUAACACUGUUUAAAGAUCCACGAACGCACGAGCUAGAAGAUAAAGAUUGGACGUUUGUUAUCGAAGAUGUAUCAUCGACGGGAAAGAGACGCCAUGUGGCUGCCACCAAUAUAAAUAUGAAAAAAUAUGCGACCUUAGAAUCUAGUCAGCAACAACUAAAACUGGACCUGAAGCCAACUUCUAAAAAGAUUGUUAGUGCUACACUCGAAUGUACUUUGUCAUGUGUGUUUCUGCGAGAGGGCAAGGCGACGGAUGAGGAUAUGCAGAGUAUGGCUAGUUUAAUGUCGGUUAAUAAUAACAGCGAUAUUGCACCAUUAGAUGAUUUUGACAAUGAAGAUAUACCUGAAGAUGUUGAAGAAGUAUCGGUAAAAAAUUUGGAUGAAAUUUUAGAUAUUUCAGCUCAGCUUGAUUUAAUGACGAGUAGUCUUACUGAAAGUGAAUUACCUAGUACUCCUAUAAGUGUGGCAAGUUUAUCAAAGGAUGAUACAACUCCUGUAAACGAUGGAGAACAUUUUAUACGCGACAUUAGUCUAACAGGAAUUGGGGAUUCUUUAAAGGAAAAGUCACCCAUAAAAGACAAUGUUGCUGUUCAAAAUGAUAAAAACAUUGAACACAGCACAUUGAGAUUGCCGCUGCAACCAUUAGAUCUCAAAAAGAAUGACGCAAAUGUUCCAAGAUUGAAAGAGAUCACUCCGGGCCAAGAUUUGUUGGAGUGGUGUAAAGAAGUUACAAAAGAUUAUCCCGGUGUCAAAGUCACUAAUUUGACGACAUCUUGGAGAAAUGGAAUGGCAUUUUGCGCGAUUAUCCAUCAUUUCAGACCUGAUUUGAUAGACAUCGAUUCUUUAUUGCCGCACGAUGUAAAAGGCAACUGUAAGAAAGCGUUUGAUGCGGGCGAAGCUUUGGGCAUACCCAGAGUUAUUGAACCAGCUGACAUGGAUAUAUUAACAGUACCUGAUAAAUUAGCUGUGAUGACAUAUUUGUAUCAAUUGAGAGCGCAUUUUACUGGUCACGAACUGGAGGUACAUCAAAUAGGUAAAACAACAGACGAAUCCUCUUACAUGAUCGGCAGAUUUAACACAGACAACAAUACAGAUGUGAGUGUGCAGCUAUUUGGUCAAGAGAUUAUUAACUUACGGAAGAAGGAACAGAUCGAUCAGAAAAACAAUAAAACGGAGAGCAAUAGACGGUCGAAUCCGUUCGAUAACAAGAAGGACGACAUUUGCAUCGAUUCAUUAAAAAACAAGCUGCACUUGAGUCUAAACACGGACAAUCAGGAUUACGAUCAAUGUAACAAAGACAAAUCACCAUCCAGCGUGAAGGAAGUCAAGGACAUCAUAUUGGCUAGUUCAAAGAGCAUUUUGGGCAAAGUGCUGUCACCGACCAAGGAAAAGUAUUCGUCGAGAGAAAAGAGCAAAUCUCCACCGAGAGUGCAACAAGCGCAGCAACGUCCGAUACUUAUGACACGCCGGCAAUUAACCGAUCCGUUCGGAUCCGACGACGAAGAGGAGAACAUACAGAUUAUCGAUGACAAAUGGUCGCAAUCGAUCUCGCUUACCAAAUCGCAAAGUCCGGUCCGUGAUGACUCGGUAAACUCUGACGAUAGAGGAAGUCGAGGUAGUUCCGAAUGUCAAGGUGCAUCACCGCCGUACGGAGACCAACGUUCACAACAUCCAUUAGUUAGCCGGCAUGAUGAAUUGCGAGAACGGGCGAGGCAACUCUUAGAACAAGCCAGGAAUCAGACGAAGCCAUCCGGAUUUGUUUCCGCUGCAAUCAGUCCCGUCGAGACACAGAACGACGAUGAGAGACAACAGCAUCUGCGGGAAAGGGCGAGACGAUUGAUAGCAGAAGUAAAAAUGGGUGUUGCUGUUACUCCGAGUCAACUGAAUGACGAUAAUAACAGUGAUAGACGAUCGAUAGAUGAUCAGAAUAACAGUCCUAGACGUAGCAUUACACCGUCGACACCUGGUGAUCGGCUCAGUAUAAAGGUAAUGCAAGAGUCAGAGUAUAAUGGAAAUAUACUGGGAAACUCGAGUGUGAUAGAUGGAGAAAAGAAAACAGGUUCUCCUUUGUAUUCCUUCUCCAAAAUUAUUGAAAGAAUCUCACCUGAUAAGGGAAGCCCUGACAGAACUCCAUAUACACUUCGUGGGUUGGGCAAAGAUAUGACGUCAUACAUUCAAAACGAGCUCGAAGCACUUGAAAGAGAACAGAAUCAGAUUGACAUUCAGGCUGGAAAGCUUGAAAAGCAAUUGAGAGCAGCCAUGGAGAGCGAUAACGAAGAUGAAACGGAAAGAUUGAUGUCUUUGUGGUUUACUCUUGUUAAUAAGAAAAAUGCGCUCUUAAGGAGGCAAAUGCAACUGAACAUAUUAGAGAAAGAAGAUGAUCUCGAGCGAAGAUUUGAACUUUUGAAUCGCGAAUUAAGAAGUAUUCUCGCUGUAGAAGAUUGGCGAAAAACAUCUGAGCAAAAAAUGCGUGAAAAUUUAUUAUUGGAAGAAUUAGUAUCUAUUGUGAACAAAAGAGAUGAAUUAGUACAUCAUCUCGACACGCAAGAGAGAGCCAUUGAAGAUGAUGACGAAAUAGAGCGUGAUUUGUCUCGCGCUGGAUUAGCUCAACGAAACAAAAAUUGUGUUGUGCAAUGAGAAGUUAAUUAUCUAUUGCGUUUUUCUGAUAUUAUUCUGAAGGCAUGACUCAUGUUGCUAUGGAGUUGCCAAAAGAUCGAUGAAUUUAGAUAUUGGAGAGUUAAGUGUGAUAUUUCAUGGUUUACGAACAGGUCGUUUUUAGAAACUCAUUUUUUUAUUAUACAUUGUAGAUUAGUUCAUCAAAUGAUAGAGCAAACAAAUUAUUGCAUCUUCUUUGCUUUUAAUAUAAACUCAACUUUUAAUUGGUUCAGCAAUGAAAGGAAAGAAAAAAUUAAAAUCGAAAAAUAUUAUAUAUGCCUUAUCAGACAAAUAUUAAUGAUAUUUUAUAUGUCAUCGAGCUUUAUAUUAAUUAUUUCAUAUAAAUAUUUUAUCCUUUUAAGAUAAUGCGCGUUAAUAGAACCGCAUACAAAUAUAUAAAAAUAAUAUGUGCUAUUAUGGAAUAAGAAAUCAUGCUGAACAGUUUAUAAUCAGUAAAUAAAAAAAGAUCUUUUUUAAUAAAAGAUAAAGCAUUAACAAGAAAAAAAUGAACGCAAAUGCAAAGAAGCUCGCAAAGUAUGAAAGUUAGUGAUAAAGAUAUGAUUUGACGAAAUUCAAAAUCUAAUUACGAAGCUAUUCAGUAUAAAUUUUAAAAGAUUCCGUUGCAGUAUAAAUUGAUCAUUGGUUCAAGAGAGUAUAUAAAUAGAAUGCAAUUUUUAAUCAUUUGUAAAUGAACUCUAGACAUUUACUUUAUAUGAAAUAUUAUUUUGUGGCUUAAUUACCAAAAGAUUUAUUAUUGGGAAACCAAAGAAAGUUAAGGUGAUUUGUUACGCAGGAGUAUGCGGGAAAUAUGUAAAGAGCAAUUUAGCAUAUAUAUAUAUAUAUAUGUAUCUCGCGACAUUCGAUCCAAAUCACAAACGGUUGAUCAUGAUACUAUUAUGGAAAAUGAAUUACGUCAACGUUAUAUAUAGUUUUCAUAUUCGUAAUGAUCGUUCUCAUCGAGCAUUCGCAUGUACUCUAUUUGUGCCAUAUGAACGUUGAUAUACUUUUUACAUCCUACUGGACGGAUUUGUACGAAAAA